AUGUGGUAUUCAGAUGUAAUUAGAAUGGCAGCAGAUAGAAGGGAUGAGGCUCACAGUAGAGCAAUAAACUCAGUAAAUGUACUGGACAUUCUGGCGCCAAAGAAAAAAUUUAAGAUACCAAAAGUCUGGGAGGGAAAGAAAUGGUUUUCAGACGAAAUCAGAAUAGCAGCAGAUAGAAGAGAUAUAGCCUACAGUAGAGCAUUGAGAACAGGUUUAGACCAGGACUGGAAAUACUAUAGAAAUGAAAGAAAUAUAGUAGUGAAACUUAUUAGGUCGAAAAAGAAAGAGUACUUUGAGAAUGCGAUAGAUCUUAAUAAGGGAGAACCUACAAAGAUGUGGAAAACGUUGAAAGAGGUAAUCAAUGGGGAGCAAGGGGGCGCAGAGGACAGAGAAUGUUAUGAUAGCAUAGAUUUUGAAAUACUUGAUGAUGUGAAGGACUGUGAUACAACGGAUAAGUUUAACGAAUAUUAUGUUAAGAGCAUAGGUAACAUUGUAAAAUCUAUUGAUAGCAAGGGGUUAGUAGUGACAGAUAGUAAAACGAAUUUUGUAUUUGAAUGUAAGGAGACUAUGGACUCUUUCGAACCAAUCACAGUAGGCGAUCUGGAACGAAUUGUUAAUGGUCUCCCACAAAAAAAGGGAACAGAGGAAGGGAUAUCGAGUAGUAUAUUAAAAAUGGCGCUAGUAAUAAAGGACGAGUUUGCUGAAGUGAUAAAUGAUUCACUUCGUACGGGAAUAUGCCCAGACAGCUGGAAAACAUCCACUAUAGUCCCAAUACCAAAAGUAAAGAAUCCAAAGAAAGCGAGUGAAUAUAGACCGAUAAAUAUGCUUCCAAUCUACAAGAAGGUUCUAGAAUUAGUUGUAAAAAAUCAGUUAGAGGCGUUUCUAGAAAAGAAUAAUAUAUUAACUGAACAUCAAUCAGGUUUUAGGAAACACCAUUCAUGCGAGACAGCAAUACAAGAUAUAAUCGAAGAUUGGAAAAUGAUAAUUGAGGAAGGAAAAAUGGUUGGAGUGAUUUUUUUAGACUUUAAAAGAGCUUUCGAGACGGGUAGAAAAAAGAUAUAUGCAGAUGAUACGACAGUAUAUGUGGAGGGUGAAAGUUGUGAGGAGCUUGAGUGCAACAUGAAUGAGGUGUUUGGUGCUGUCGAAGAGUGG